CAGGAGGAGGAGCAGCUGAUGUGUGCGUUAUAAAAACAGGGAGCAAACUCGGAGCAAACAUCUCGUUGUUGUUUUCCUCUCUCAGGACAGAAGUCUGUUUCUUUCUGACGAACUUUUCGGAAACUUUCCGUGCUGGAGAAACAAACAUGAGUCACGUCGACGUGAAGAACAUGAAGCCCAGCAGCUUUGAGGACGAAUACUACGACCAGUAUGAAUAUUACAACCUGACCGACAAGUACGCAGAAGGCUCGUCCCGGAAAGGACGGACCAAGAAGGAGGCCUGUGAGAACACCAACAGACCCAACCCGUCCGGACAUGAGCGCAAGCUGGUGGAGAAACUGCAGAACAGCGAGAAGAAGGCGAAGGAGUGAAGGCGGAGGGCGACUCGGACGGCUUAUCCUGGAAACCGACCACGGCCUCCUUGGCGACAGAUGAUCGAGACGUACGGACGGGCAGGAGCGUCCUGAGCUCCGGCGGGCGGGGUUUAACCUGGUGUGAAGAGGAGCCCACUGAUCCAGAUGUUCCAGCAGUGACCUGUCUGUGGCUCCUCCGCCUGAAGGUGUCUGUGAAGCACUCACCUGUGGUGGCGUGUACCUGGUCCCUGUCCGGACCAUGAAGGUGCACGUGUGAUGGUGGUGGCAGUUUGAUUACGAUGUGCUGACACGUUAUGGGUGGAAUCUUUU